UGGGAGAAAAAUCUCUCGUCAGCCAUUGGCCGGCACCUGGAGCAGAGAGUGUAUAAGACCUGAAGAAGCGUGUAGCUCAACAAGAGAUCGAAUCGCUAGCUUUUGCCAACGACCAAGAGCUAGCACCUCACGUUUCUAGCGUGAGCUAGCCGUCGUCCUACGACAGCAACCAAGCCAAGCCAAGCGGAAGCCUCUCCCUUGCAAGCUGCAACUACUCGAGCUAAUAACCGGCGAGGAGGUAGCUCGGAAAGAAGCUGCGUGGCGGCGGCGCGGCCAGCCGGCGACGGGCGGCGCGAUCGAUCGAGCGGCGCAUGGGCAACGCCCUUGGGUGCGCCGGGCUCGGCGAGCGGCUGGCGGCCGCCGCGAGGGACGGUGACGGCGCGGAGGUGCGGCGGCUGCUGGAGGCGAACCCGGGGCUCGCGCGCUGCGCCGCCUUCGGCAGCCUCAACUCGCCGCUCCACCUCGCCGCCGCCAAAGGGCACCACGAGAUCGCCGCGUUGCUGCUGGAGAACGGAGCUGACGUGAAUGCCCGGAACAUCUACGGACAGACAGCGUUGAUGCAAGCCUGUCGGUUCGGCCACUGGGAGGUGGUUCAGACGCUGCUGGUUUUCAGAUGCAACGUGUCGAAGGCCGACAGCCUCAGCAGCCGCACGGCGCUGCACGCCGCGGCGGCCGGCGGCCACGUCAAGUGCGCCAGGCUGCUGCUGGCCGCCGCCGCCGCGGCCGGCGGCGGCAGGUUCGUGAACAGGGCGGCCAGCGGCGGCGUGACGGCGCUGCACCUAGCGGCGCUGCACGGGCACGUGGACUGCGUGCACCUGCUCAUCGACGAGCACGCCGACCUCGCCGCGCAGACGCUCCCCUGCGUCGCGGCGCCGAUGGGGUCCAUCGGCGCCGGGAGCACCCCGCUGCACUACGCCGCCGCGGGCGGCGAGGUCAAGUGCUGCCAGAUUCUUGUGUCGCGAGGCGCCGACAGAACGGCCGUCAACUGCAACGGGUGGCUCCCGGUUGAUGUGGCGAGGACAUGGGGCUGCCACUGGUUGGAGCACGUGCUGUCGCCGAAGUCGCACCUGCCGAUCCCCAAGUUCCCGCCGUCCGGCUACCUCUCCUCGCCGCUCCCCAGCGUUCUAACCCUCGCAAGGGAUUGUGGCCUGGUUCUGAACACGUCGUCAGAGUUCUCAGACGGCGGCGUCGACGAAAGCGACGCCUGCGCUGUCUGCCUAGAACGACCCUGCAACGUUGCAGCCGAAGUGUGUGGGCACGAGCUGUGCGUGAAGUGCGCGCUGGACCUGUGCUCGGUGAUCAAGUCCUACGACGUGCCGGGGAUCGCCGGCAGCAUCCCGUGCCCGCUCUGCCGGAGCGGCAUCGCCUCGUUCAGGAAGCGGGCGGCCUCGGAAGCGGAGGACGAGGAGCUCGAGCCUGACCUCAACUCCGCCUGCUCCGGCGGCAGCCACUACAAGAGCGCCGGCGAGCACACGGCGUCGUCCAGCCCGGAGAAGAAACGGAGCACGGAUUCUGAUCAGGGCAUCAUCCUUCCCCUCUACUCUCCUCCCGCCGUCUUGUCCUGAACUCCUGAUCAGGAUCGCAUUGCAUUGCAGCUGUCGAUGCGUGUUAGCAGAUGCAGAGGAGCUGCAUCACCAUUAGAAAAUGUGCAGUAUUAUGCAAGUACAGGUACGUAGAUGCACAGAGACAGACAGAUUUGUUUGAUUUUACUUUACGUUGGCUCUGCUAAUCGAUGGCAUUUGAAGAUCAUUUUAUGGUGGUGUAUAUGGGAUUGGUGUAACAUGUACGUCUGAUUGGUUUAUUGUAGAGUGGUUGUAGAAAGAAAAACAAACAUUCUUUGUUGUAAAGGUUGUUUGCUUUCUAAUGGCGUCCAAGGUGCGUUAUUAGGAGCUGAUUGGGAGGAUUUCUUCCAAAACGGUUUCGUUAGUGAAGCCACAAUCGGUAAAGUAAAAAAAUGGUGGUUUCACUA